AUGGGUCCACCGGAUUCUCCAUAUGCGGGAGGUGUGUUCUUUUUAUCGAUCCAUUUCCCAACCGACUAUCCUUUCAAACCACCAAAGAUUGCUUUCACUACAAAGAUAUAUCAUCCAAAUAUCAAUGCUAAUGGUAACAUCUGUUUGGAUAUUCUGAAGGACCAAUGGUCUCCAGCUUUGACGAUCUCAAAAGUGCUACUGUCUAUCUGUUCUCUAUUAACAGACGCCAACCCUGAUGAUCCAUUGGUACCAGAAAUCGCGCAUAUCUACAAGACCGAUAGGGCUAAGUACGAGGCAACUGCUCGAGAAUGGACGAAGAAGUACGCUGUCUAA